UAUAAAUACUGAGCUAGCGAGCACUUGCCAAACACUUGAACAGACGCCGAGAAAGCUGAAAAGCGCCUUGCACCUGGAGAGUCUGAUAGAAGUUCCAAGACCAGGUCUGACCCCUUCCUCUGGUGCAACCUGCCACACCCAUGUUUCGAGUGAAGGGCCCACAUAUGGAGAAAUAAAGGUUGGCGCUUUGGAUGUGACGAGAAGACACAACUGCCCACGCCCUGCUGGUGGCCCCCACGCAGGAAUGGACCUCCCGGGCUGCGUCAGGAUGAACAAUGGCCUAACUGUGGAAGAGGAUGGUGUCGGCCACUCGUGUUCCGGGAGUCUGCCACAGUCCAGGGAGCACGCCACACUUCCUUCUGUCCACACUGCACCCUCGGAGAGCGCAGUGACUUCCAGUGAUGCUGGAUCAGAAAUUUUGAAGAUGGCUUCUGGUGACCUUGAUUGUAAAUCAGUCUGUGAGAAAGAGGACAAUAUGCAGUCAGCUUCUGCUGUGAUAAAGAUCAGAGACACAAGUGCUGCUGAUGAGAAUUCCGCGCCACAAGGCUCUGGAAGUGAGGCCAGAACCAUGAUACGUCAGGAAGCCAAAGAGGAACCAGAGACAAUACAGGAACAUAAAAAAGAAUGUGCUGCAGAAGACACAGCUGCUUCCCCUCCUCCUGCAACCACUGUGAAAUCAGUUAACAUUAGGCAGAAUGAUAAUUCUGCCAAUGAGAAGGAGGUGGAGGCCGAAUUCCUCAGAUUAUCCUUGGCCUUUAAAUGUGACUAUUUCACUUUGGAGAAAAGAGUGAAACUUGAACAAAGAUCCCGUGACUUGGCAGAAGAAAAUCUAAAGAAAGAAAUCACCAAUUGUCUCAAGCUAUUAGAGUCUUUAACGCCUCUCUGUGAAGAUGACAACCAGGCCCAGGAAGUCAUUAAAAAGCUGGAGAAGAGUGUAACAUUCCUCAGUCAGUGCACAGCACGUGUGGCCAGUAGGGCUGAAAUGUUGGGAGCCAUUAACCAGGAAAGUCGGGUUAGUAAAGCAGUUGAAGUAAUGAUUCAGCAUGUCGAAAACCUGAAGAGAAUGUAUGCCAAAGAGCAUGCUGAACUAGAAGAACUGAAACAGGUUCUCCUGCAGAAUGAAAGGUCAUUUAACCCUCUUGAAGAUGAAGAUGACUGCCAAGUUAAAAAACGCCCCACUUCUCUAAACUCCAAGCCAUCUUCUCUCAGAAGAGUGACCAUUGCCUCUUUGCCCAGAAAUAUUGGAAAUGUAGGCUUGGUGGCAGGGAUGGAAAACGAGCGAUUCAGCAGGAGGUCAAGUAGCUGGCGUAUAUUGGGGUCAAAGCAGAGUGAACACCGGCCCUCCUUACAGCGAUUUAUUAGCACCUAUUCCUGGGCAGAUGCUGAAGAAGAAAAAUGUGAAUUAAAAACUAAAGAGGACUCAGAAGCUCCUGAAGAAGAAACCAUAGAAAGGACAAGAAAGCCAAGUCUUUCUGAGAAGAAAAAUAUUCCAUCAAAAUGGGAUGUCUCCUCAGUUCACGAGACCAUUGCUUCCUGGACCUCCAGCCUCAGGACGGCACUCAGAAACACCAACAAGACCCUCUGGCUCUCAGCGGCCCUGGCCGUGCUGUUGGCAGCGCUGAUGAGCUUCCUCACCUGCCGCCUCGGGCCCAAGUCUGUGGACGCCGCUCCCACCCAGGAGGGGGACUCCUGGAUGUCUCUAGAACAUAUUCUGUGGCCAUUUACCAGGCUGCAACACAACGGGCCCCCACCAGUGUAACCGCAGCUCAUCCUAAUAUAAGUAUCUUGGUUUUUAAAAAGUUUCAGUAUCUGAACUUUGUAAAUUAGCUUCUAGCUGAGAAAUUAUGUGGUUCUCUAAAUGACUUAAGAUAAUUUAUUUCCCCUCUUUUGUGUUGACCUCCCCCACAAACUGCAGUGGGGAAGUGGGGAGCCUAUACUAUUUGAGG